GCCCCGUCCCGCCCGCCCCGUCCUGGGCGCUCCGGCGCUCCACCAUGGGCGAGCGGCAGCCGGACGCCUUCUCGUGCAGCGCGGCCACCUCGCUGGAGCCACGGCAAUGAAUGGGCAGGCGCUGCCGGCCGGCACGCCAGCGCAUCCCCGGGGCUGGCAUGAGUUCUGCGAGCUGCACGCCAUCAGCACCGCCAAGGAGCUGGCGCGGCACUACCUGCGCUUCGCCACCGAGCACCCACACCAUGACCUCCUGGCCGCAGAGAACUUCUCGGUGCAGUUCACCGACCUCUUCCAGCAGUACUUCUGCCACGAGGUGAAGGAGGGCAUCGCCAUGAACCAGCUCUGCAUCCUGCCCGGCGGCCCGGCGCGGGAUUACCGGGACACGCACCGGCGGCACACCGACGCUUCCUUGGGCACCGUGGCCACCAAAGCUGAGGUGGAGCCUGGCACCCGCCCCGAGCAGCCCGUCCGAGCCCCCGAGGCUACCCCGUCCGGACUGCGCAAGUCCUGGAGCUCGGAGGAGCUGGCAGGGCCGGCACGGAGGCCCUUCUCGCUCAGCCAGCUGCGCAGGAGCUGGCGCAGCCUCUUCCGACGCCGCUCCUCGGAUGCCCUCCCCGGGGAUGGCGAUGGGGAGGCGACGGAGGCGACUCUCAAGCCGGGACUGGGCAAGCGCAUCCUGCCGUGGGGGCUGUUGCGGGAGCAGCCCCCCGAGGUGCGCAAGGAGGGGCUCCUCAAGUAUGGGCUGCUGGACGAGAGCUCCCUGGACAGCGGGACGCGAUGGCAGCGCUGCCGCCUGGUGCUGCGGCGAGCGGGGCCUCCCGACGCUGAGGACUUUGUGCUGGAGCUCUAUGACCCGCCCAAGGGUUCCAAGCCAAAGCUCCAUGUCGCCUGCUCCACCGUGCAGGAGGUGCGGAGGUGCACCCGCCUCGAGAUGCCCGAUAACCUCCACACCUUCGUCCUCAAGGUCACCAACGCCACCGACAUCCUGUUUGAGGCCGGGGAUGAGCAGCAGCUCAACUCCUGGACGGCCGAGAUCCGGGAGUGUGUCCGCAGGGGGUCCGACGCGGGUGACCCCGAGCUCCUGGUGUGCCGGCACCCCGACCCCGCAGCCACCAGCCCCACCACCAGCACCGACCCCCUCGGCCAAGUGGCGACGCCAGGGGGCCCGGGGGAGGCGGCAGGGCCGAAGAUGGAGCAGUUCCUCUCCUCCUGCCCCUGGUUCCACGGGCCCAUCUCCCGCGUGAAGGCGGCUCAGCUGGUGCAGCUGGGGGGGCUGGAGGGCCACGGUGUGUUCCUGGUGCGGCAGAGCGAGACACGCCGCGGCGAGUACGUGCUCACCUUCAACUUCCAGGGCAGAGCCAAGCACCUGCGGCUGGCACUGACGGAGCGAGGCCAGUGCCGGGUCCAGCACCUCCGCUUCUCCUCCAUCGUGGAGAUGCUGCACCACUUCCACCGCUACCCCAUCCCGCUGGAGUGCGGCACGGCCUGCGACGUCCGGCUCUCCAGCUACGUCGUGGUCCUGCCCCACUCACAAGCAGCUCCCAGCUCCAGCACCACGGUCCCUCUCCCGCUGCCUGUCUCCGGCUGGAGCCCCGAGUUCAGCCUCGCCCCUGCCGGCUCCUCCUGCCCCCACGGUGCCGACGAGGCACCCCCAGGCCCCCCUUCAGAGCAGAUCUUCCACCUGGUGCCGCCGCCGGCCGAGCUGGCGCAGAGCCUGCGCCCCAGCAGGAUCCCCCCAGCCCCCAGGCCCCGGCCCCGCGAGUCGGACUACGAGGUGGAGGCACCGGGCCGGGGCCACGUCCGUGCCAUCGACAACCAGUACACGCCGCUCUGACUGGUGCCACGCCAGCACUGGGAUGCACUUUCGGGUGGAGAAAUCCUAGAGACCUUCUGGGGAUCCAUCGAGAGAAAGAAUGUACCUGUUUCUUCCUUCUGGUUAGGGAUGAUUAUUUUAUUUUCGCAAGGAAGGGGGUAAUUUUUCACUCCUGUACGGGUGUGCUCCCUCUCAUUGGCCUGUUAAAGGGCCUUUUAUUGUUAUUUUUGUUGUUAUUCUCAAAGCUUUCUCAUUACUGUUUACACACCGCUCGUGCCUGUGCCCCCGUGUGCCGAGCGCCGCGACGCCAGGCUCGGCCUCCCACCUUCCUCCCAGCGAAGGAACCAGGGUCUGUGUUACACCCACAGAAUUGGAGAAAGGUAAAAAAAACCCAGGAAACCAAGAAAAACAAGGAUUAUAAAUUCAUUGACAAGUUGCUGCUCUGGGCCCUGUCCUCCUGCCCCAACAUGUGCUGCCGCUGCCAAACCCACCAGCAAAGUCCAACCUGAGCUGAGCUCCUGCGACGGGCGCGAGCGGGGUUUGGGCUUUAUUUUUAGAUAAGGCAAAAACUGGCUUUUCUUGCACUUCUUUUUUAACCCAGCACAGCCACAGUCACUCCCUGCACCAGCCAGGGGGAUGCUCACCUCGCUUGCCCAGCUAAUUGAGAUGUGAACACUAAUUGCUCCAUCCUUAAUCAUGUCACCAGCUGAGAACUAACACAGAGACUGACAGCAAACCACUCCUGCUGGUGAUGGAGGGGCUCUAUCCUGGUGAUGGAGACAUUUUAUCCCAGUCACUGAGACAUUUUAUCCCAGUGAUGGGCACAUUCUAUCCCGAUGGUGGAAUAGUUUUAUCUCGAUGUUGGAACUGUUUUAUCCUGGUGAUGGAACCAUUUUAUCCCAGUGAUGAAACUGUUCUACCCCGGUGAUGGAACCGUUCUAUCCCGGUGAUUGGAAGCAUUUUAGGCACAAAUUUGAAGUCAGUUUUUCCCCCAGAUGUUUUCUCACCUCACCAGCUCAGCACACCCUGCUGUCACUUGCCUUUUCCCGCCCAAAACACUGUGUCACCAAGAAUUUGGUGGUAUUUAAAGCUACACAGGCAAGGGGGGGUUCCUUGGACACCUCCUCACCUGGAGGAAAAACCUGUCCCAGCAAAUCCCUGGGUGUCAAGAUCCCCUGAUCCCCAAUCUCCGCUGCUGUUUCCAAGCCCUGGUGCUGCUUCACCUGCCGGGGCCUGGGGCAGCCGUAGGAGAGGAACCACUUCUUAGAAGCUGCCGUUAUUUUAAGAAUGAGGAAGGGCUGGAGCUGUUGCAACACCCGGGGGGAGGAUGUUCACAGCAUUCAACUUCCAGAUUUCCCAGCGUAGCCCCCGGGAUUUCGGCUGCAGAACUUGCCUUGAGAUUGCCUUCCAGAAAGCUUUUGAUUUCUAUUUUUCCUUGAAAUUGCAGUACAGGUGGGAGCCCUCAGGAGCAUUAACAUUUAGGAAUUAAUUUGAAAACAAGCAAACACAAAGCCUUGUUGGGCUGAGUUAGGGAAUUUCACAAAAAUCCAGCCUCUAGGCCGGGCUUUGCCGUGAAGCCAGUGCUUGGUGAGCCCAGUUGGUAGCCAAAGCCUGAGGAGCCAAGGUCAGGAGCUGAAGGGCAAAUCCCGGUGCUGUGGGGCAAGGCCAAAAUAUCCAGGGCCAAAAACAGCUUAGGGAAUGGCUGUGAGAGCAAAUCUGGGUUUACAAGUCACAGUCAAAGGAUGAGACUGGGAGAAACAGGAACCAUCAACUCAAGAAACCAUUUAGGAUUUGCAUUUUAUGCCUCCCCAUCACUUGCUCCAGCUUUCCCCUGGGUUUUGUGCAUUUAGAGCAGGCAAAGGCUUUUUUUCCUCCUUUCUCUUGAAAACGGGUGCACAGGGAGGAAUCCUACUUUUCCAUGGGGAUCAGCAUUCCCAGCACUCAGCACAUGCUGUCACACACUCACUCCUGAAACCAGAGCACUAAGAGCAAAUUGCACUGGUCCAGCUCCUCCAGCACUGCCAGAGGCUGACGGGGAAACAAAGGCAGCCCUGUCCUCCUGGAGCUCCUCAGCUGUAUCCGCAUCCCAUUUUCCUGCCUGGAGCAGCACAAAGGCUGCAUCCAGUGGCAGGAGCACAUCUCUGAGCUGGUUUGUGCCAGGCAAGUCAGCUCCCUCCAUCACUAAUAAAUAACUCCCCGUGGUCUGCAUUUGCAGGGAUGGGGAAGGGAAGGGGAGGAAGCACACACAAGUUAUCUCCUUUCCUUGUUAAGUGCCUGGUUCCCAAAGCCUUGGAAAACACAUACACAUGCUAAAUCUUGCUAAGAUUCCUGAUUUUAGUCCCACUGAGCACCAGGGAGCUGCGUUCAAAGGGGUUUUUCCCCCAAAAAAUGAGGUUGUCUCGCCUGAAUCUCCCUACAUCUGCAGAGAAAGGAUGGGCUGGGAAAAGGGAUCACUCUUCACAGCCGGUGCAGCCCUUGCCAGAUGAAUCCACAUAAAUCCCUGCCAGAUCAAUCAGAUGCUGCUGGGGUGGGUUGUUUUGGCAUUCCAGGGCUUAUUGUUCCAGUGCCAGAACCGUAACAUGCAUGUGCAUGUGGUGUUUUUAACCUGCAGCUUAAUUGCAAGGGGUUUCUCUGCAGCUGAAGUGGAAAUUGCUGUGCUUGAUUACCAAAAUAUAUGUUUGGUUCAUUGUCACCCCAGCAGCUGCUUCCCCUGUGCAAACAAACUCCUGUUCUUCCCGCCCGUGAGCAGUGGGAAAGUCACUCUGAUUAUUUCAUAGUUAUAUCCAUCCCAAAACUCACCAACGAGGGAGCCAAGGGUUUUCCAGCCCUCCCAGCUCCGUCAUCUCCCCAUCUCAGACUCACUAUGGUCCUGACCCAGCUGCACCAGGACCUGAAGCGAUUUUUGGGUUAUUUCCCAAGCUCCUGGGGACUGAGUUUGACAUCCCGUUUCUCCUAGAAAGCAUCUGGUUUGUGACACGGGUCAGAGCCCGACACGCAGUCCCACCUCUGCUCCUGCCAGCACGUUCCUCCAGCCCACAAGGCACCCAAUCCUUGAUUAGAGCAGGGGGCAAAGAGCAUUAACCGUUCCAUCCUAUGGAAUGUAAGCAACUUGCAGGAAUCUUUAUAAUCUUGGGACUUGGGAGAAGAUAAGGCUGAGCAGGUUUAGUUCCUCAGCCCAUGUGGGCUUUUAUUGGUGUUUAUGAGGUCUCAGUGUUGAGUUUUGGGAGGAGGGGAAGCCAAAGGAAGAGCCUCCAGGUGGCUCCACACAGGUACAGCCACCUCUGAAAUAGAAGUCAGGUGACCCCAGUUGUGCCUUGGCCCUGGAGAUGGAACAUGAGUUUGGAUCCAACCUAACUAAGCCACAACCCACGGCAGCGGCUCUGGAGGCCCUUCCUGGUGGCCUCUCCCAGGAGAGGCUGUUUGGGGUGGGAACCCCAUUUCAUCCAGCUACUCAGGGCAGGUUUUGGCAAUAAAGAUGCAAACCAGGCAGUGCCUUCUCUCUGUGGGACAGCAGAGACCUGGCUUAGGGCAUAACCCAAGCCUUGGGUCCAGCCACAACUCCUCCCCCUCAUCUUCAUCUUCAUAAACCACUUGCUGUUUGCUGACAGAACCCCCUGCUCUGUGGCUUCUUCAUGUCCUUGUGGGUGUCAGGUUCUGCAGAAGUCCAUGAUCUAAAGCAUUAUUUGAUGUCUCCCUCCCUCCCACAUCCCAGCACCAGCAGGUACCAAACACUGACACCUCCACUCCUCACCUCACUGAAACUAUUUUGGGGCAAAGCUUAUAGGAAGAGAUCCGGGGAUAAGCCAAAGCUUCUCCUUUCUAAUUUGGACCACCAAACACUGGCAUUACCAGUAUUCCAAAUUUUAAUUUUAGCUUGUUUGAUCCAAACAGCCCCAACCUUCACCAGCAACUCCCAGGGACGCAACUGUGUGUUCCCAAACUCAGCCUUCAGCAGGACGAUUAAAGCCAACAUUUUGUUGGGACUUAAUUAAUUUGAAAAUUCUACUUUUCACUGGCACAGAAAAGUUCUUCUUGUAUAGUAAUUUUUUCUACAUAUUGUUUCUGUAUGUACUGUACAAGUAACUUAUUCUUGAAUAAUGCGAUUUUACCGUAAUAUAAAAAAAAAUCUGCUCUUAAUAAACUGUUUUUAGAACUCGUUUCUCA